AAGCGCCUCAACUUCUGCGGCACGGAAAGAGUUAACGCAGGGAGGAAAGAGUAACCUUCGUUUUCUUGCAGGGGAAGGUUCAAAAUGCCCAGUUUGUGACUUUUUCUUCAGGGCUUACAGUUUUUUUUUCUAAACCCUAGGCUCCAGGUUUGGGAGAGGGGUGGCGGUGGGAGCAAAGAAGGGAAGGUCAUAAAAGACAGAAGCUGAGCUGUGGCGCUCAAAAGGGUGGGUGGCCCAUUGGCGAGAGUUCUGAAUUGAGAGUUGUGGGAAGACAUGGCUUCUGGUCUCACCUCUGCUAUUCAACUGUGUAACCUUGAGCAAGGCACAACUUGUCUGGACCUCAGUUUUCUCAUCUGUAAGAAAGUGGAUUAGAGUUCUGAUCUCUAACCUGACCGUAAGCCCUUUGAGAGCAGAGGCUGUGUAUGAUUCGUGGUCAGUUUCAGCACGUAGUAGGCCUUCAAAUUGAAUGAAUGAGCUCACAACUUUCUUGGAGCUUGGACUGUGGGGUUCUAGUUUCAGUGGGAGCUUCCAAGAAGGGCACAGAGCUGGAUUUUUUUCUCUCUGUUUUUUCUACAUUAGUGAAAAAAACGUGAUGCUUUGUUUAGUUUUCUUCUAGCUUCUCUUCUGAUCUUAUGUAGCUCUUACAAUGUGCUAGGUAUGGUAGUAAGAGUUUUACAGAUAUUAACUCAUACAAUACAGCCAUCAUAAGAGUAGGAGUAGUAUUAUGCCUAUUUUACAGAUGAGAAAAUCGAGGGAGACAGUGUCUAGGACUCUUUCCUAGGGUCACAUAGAUAAUAACUGGAGAGCUGGGAUUAGAACCUCAGCAGUCCAACUCCAGAGUCUACUCUCUUAUCCACUGGUUAUAUAAGAUUAAAACAUUUCAUAGUGAUAAUUAACAUCUUCCGAGUAUUGAAAUGGGGAAUCUUACAGUAGAAAUGGAAUCUAAAUGUAAAACAGCAGGAGAGUUUAACUGUAAAAUCACCAGUGACUAGGCUGGAAAUAAACAAUGAGACAGGUACCAUCUUACUACUGCACAAUUCAUUCCUGUUUGCAUUUUAACUCCGGUAUUAACCAUAACAAUGCUAUUUAGCCAGGACUCAUUUUUAAAGUGAUAUUGAGUUUUACUUUCUUAUUUUAUACAUACAGGUAUAAUCCAUGGACAUAUUAUUUUCAUUUCUUAGGGUGUAAAAUAAUGUUACAUGAAUUUAUGCUACAGUCUAGCAGUUUAAAACUGUCUUCCUCGCUCUGGUAAAAUGUCAUAGAUGGACUAGAUAAGCUCAAAGUCAACCUAUAUGGCCUGAGGUUUUGGUAAAAGCUCUGUUUUCUUUUCUACAGUUUGAGCUGCCAUUCCUUGAUUCUGUGGUGUUUGUCUGAGAAGAUUCUUGAGGUACACAGCUUUGGACCCAGUAUAACUUGUGUUGGUCCAGCAGCUCUGUUCUCCUGGUCCUGGUCGCUCAGGCUAACAUUGAACCUUUACUCCAAAUUUGCUUAAGUCUUUGUUCCUUGAACAGCCACUGCUGCUAUCUUCAGAUGUCUGACAGGGCCUGCUCGAUAACUGGCCAGAGGCUUUGAGUGAUUCAGUCAACAUUUACAGAGGGUCCAUUAGGCCAUAAGGACAUAAAAGUGAAUGAAAUUCAGUUAUGCUCUCACAGAGCUUAUAAAUAAAUGGGUGGGCAGACAAAAGUGUAUUUGGAUCCUGAGGCUUAAGAUUAUGUUUAUUUCAAGUAAAUGUCUUAGGAGAAAUCAGGAUUGCAAAUGAAGGACUGGACUAGAUUAUUCUCUAAAGAAGGAGGCAACCUUGCUGGUGGCAGCUGGAAUGAUCAGCCUAAGAGCAAAGAAGAAAUGAGGAUAGUUGAAAGGAUACAGUCAUAAAAGAGUGGAACACCUUCAGAAUAGAGGGAGAACUGAGUUUGGACUUGUAAAUGAUGUGGUAACAACAUUGAUCACCUGAAGCAGGAGAGGUGACCUUGUAGCAAUACAGUUAAGACAAACUUUCAAGUCAGACAGAAUUAUAUUGAGUCGCAGCUUCUGAGUAUCUGGCUUUGGGCAAAUUAGCCUCUCCAAGCCUCACUUUCCUCAUCCAUUGAAUGAGGAUAAAACAGCAUAAGGAGUGAUAUGAGGACAAAAUAUCAUGCAUGUAAAGAAAGCACUUAGCACCUAAGAAGUCUUCAGAAUGUGUUCAUUGUUACUGUUAUUCUUACAGAAAAGACCUUGCUUCUCCAGUGACAGUAGGGCAGAUGGGAAUACCAAGGCUUGGACUGGAGGUAGAUGCAAAGAGAACCAGCAGGAAAGAAGAAUUGGGUUGCUUCCUUCUGGUCUUUGGUUGGAGAUGCCUCCAAAUGGAGCGGAAGGAAGUGCCAGCUGCAAAAGCCGGUGGGGCCCAGUCAGAAUGCCUGAGGGCGCCCCCGUGUGGAUCAGCUGUGGUCAGGCUGCUCGACUCCCUGUGAACUGCCCUGUAUAAGAAUAUUGCCACGUAUACAUACUAGACAUAUGUACAUGUGCAUAUAUAUAUAUAUGUAAUCUGAAAGGAUAAACAUCGACCUUGACAUUGGCAGCCUCCAGGAAGGGAAGUGCAAUUGUGGGAGGGGUGGAGGGAGAUUGAGAUCUUGCAUUUUUUCCCCUAUACCUCUAUAUUGUUUGACCUUUUCAUAGGGAGAAUGAAUUCAUGUGUUGGGUAAAAAAGAAUUAAAAAGAAAACCAAUCUGAUUACAAAAAAGGGGAAGAAGAUGAAGAAAAGUUACCUGCAGAAACCAGUUAUGAUCCAAGGCCUGGCUCCCAGACACCUAGCUCAAGCCCCAGCCCACAAAGAGACCUCUGGGUUAAAGGUCCUGGAGAAAAGAGGAAGUGAAAUGUUUGGUGUCCCUGUCAUGUCUGCCAGUCCCAUAGGGCGAGGCACCUGGCAGGCAGUUCUCACUGGAAUGGGAACUGCUCCUCUUUUCCAGGCACCCUCUCCAGGGCUGGAAGAGUUCAACAAGUGCGAGGAACAUUAGAGACCUUCUGGAAAUGCUGAAUUUGCUCCAAGGUUUCCUGAAGUCUAGCUGGCUUCUCCAGACAGCCUCCAGGCUCAGGAGCCCCAGCUGCCCUCUGUGCCCUCUCCGCCCAGCUCUUCUUGGCCUGUAGUGUCCCUCUCUCUUCCUGAGUUGCAGCCCUUCCCAAGCCUGCGUCCCAGCCCCGCCCCUCUCUCUGGACGCAUCUCUGGGCCCCAUCAUCACCCGGCGCCGGGCCCUCCUUCCCGCCCCCCCUUUCUCCUCCCUCCUUCCUUCCCUCCCUUCCUCCCUCUCUCCCUCCCUCCCAGCUCCUGCACCAGGAAACGGCCCGGAUCCCGGCAGCGGCCUGACCCGGCUCCACGCUGGCCAGGAGGAUGAAAGGCCCCAGCUGGGGGCUCCUUGCCACCAGCGCUGGGUCCUAAGAGCUGCCAUCCAGGCUGGCCGCCCGGAUGGCGACCCCAGCCUCAGCCCCAGACACACGGGCUCUAGUGGCAGACUUUGUAGGCUAUAAGCUGAGGCAGAAGGGUUAUGUUUGUGGAGCUGGCCCCGGGGAGGGCCCAGCCGCUGACCCACUGCACCAAGCCAUGCGGGCAGCUGGAGAUGAGUUUGAGACCCGCUUCCGGCGCACCUUCUCUGAUCUGGCGGCUCAGCUGCAUGUGACCCCGGGCUCAGCCCAGCAACGCUUCACCCAGGUCUCUGACGAACUCUUCCAAGGUGGCCCCAACUGGGGCCGCCUUGUGGCCUUCUUUGUCUUUGGAGCCGCGCUGUGUGCUGAGAGUGUCAACAAGGAGAUGGAGCCACUUGUGGGACAAGUGCAGGAGUGGAUGGUGGCCUACCUGGAGACUCGGCUGGCCGACUGGAUCCACAGCAGUGGAGGCUGGGCGGAGUUCACAGCUCUAUACGGGGACGGGGCCCUGGAGGAGGCGCGGCGUCUGCGGGAGGGGAACUGGGCCUCAGUGAGGACAGUGCUGACAGGGGCCGUGGCAUUGGGGGCCCUGGUAACUGUAGGGGCCUUUUUUGCUAGCAAGUGAGAAAGUCCAGGGCCAGGUCGGGCUAGGUGUGGCUGGGGGAUAGAAGAGCAAGAACAGAACAGAGAAAUGCCCUUGGAAGAAGUGGGGUCACUGGAUGGGCAUGGAACGGGGAUGGGAAGGGGCAGGGUAGUGUGUGAGGGAGGUGAGUGUGCCAGGCAGGUGGCUGGAAGAAUGAGCUGGAGACACUGGGAAUGUAUUUGGAAAGUCAAGGGGCCAGGAGAUGGAGUCAUUCCAGGGUGGGGGGAGGUGGGAGGGAUCACGUCCAUAGGUGUAGGCACACGAAAUGACACCUGGAGCCCGAUUUGCAGCCCUGAGGAGCAUGGACUUGCAUAAGGGAUUGUGCCUCCAUUGGAAGAGUGGGAUUUGGGGAGAACGCAGAAGGCACAUCCCUUUGGAAUGGAAGCUCGGGGUUCUUAGGUGAUAGGGAGAGGUGGCUGUGACUGUGGGCUGCUUGGACACGCGUGUGCAUGUGCACGCGUGCUCAUAUGCAUGCUGGGUUGCUUGUCUAAUCUGGUGGCUGUGGUAUUCUUCAAGGAGAAAACAUUCCCUCUUGCAGUGGCAAGAACAAGGGGCAGUUCUCUGCUCCUCCUCCCAACCCUGCCUCCCCCCUCCCCUUGUCCUGAUGCCUCAAGGCUAAGGGAGAAACACUGUAUCCAGACCAGGGCUUCAGGAGCUUCUUUGCAGAAAGUCAAAACGUUGUUUGCAGGGCUUUGGAGAGAAGAACGGUUCUGUAGCUGGCCUUGUUCCUUCAUCGUCCCCCUUCCCUGUGCAUCACGCACUUGCUGCUGCCUCCUGGGCUCUGACAGAAAGGCAGGGCUGUGGAGCCUGCGGUGGGUAGAGGCUCGGUAGCUGGACCUGCUGGCCGCCCUCCUCUUCCACUGGGGCACACGGGUGCCUCAAGUGUUCCCUAUCUCUGGGACCUUCUGUACCCAAACUUAAACUCUAAAUUGGGGCUCUAAUUGAUUUUCCUUUUGAGUGUGUGGAUGUAAAUGCUGAUCUAGAAUACAGUCUGGUUCCUGCACUGGGUCUCAGUGAGACUGUUGAUGCCUUGAGAGGAACAUUCCAGCUCUGAACCCCAUGGGUGUGAGGGGGACGUGUACUCCGUGACUGGCCUAUUCCGUGUGGUGGGCUUUGGUGCUGCUUUAUCAAGGGCCAAGUGUAUGGGUUCUAGAGUACCUACCAUGACCUACAAGCAUUUACAUUUUCUUUGAAGACACGCUGUUUGCAUGGGUGUUACUGUCUGUACCUCUGAGUCUGAGGAUAUUAACUUUGGAGCUCACAGUCCUCUAGAACAGAUUCUGAUUAUAGCUUUUUCUUUUGAGGAAGAAAUGAUUUCACUCCAGAUGCAUGCCCUGAGCCAGACCUCACUGCUGCACUUUCCAAGGUGCUAAAAUUGCUGCUCUCGAUGCUGUCUGCAGACGCAGUGCUCUAGAACCCUGCCCUUGAACCUGAGCACUGAUUAGCUUAGCUAGACCAUGGUUGACUCUUGGAGAUUUUCACUUGGUCCCAGAAUGUGGCAACAUAGUUGUACUCACUAGAAUGUGGGACCAAAAUUGGCCUCAGGUGUUCAGCCCACCCUUUUGCUUUUGAGAGAGGGCUGCACUUUUUAAUGGUAUUUAUAGGGGAGGUGGUGGACUGCAGGCGCCACUUGCUCUGUCGUGAGUAUGCUGAUAACCAGAAACUCAGAGCUGGUCUGUGGCAGGCAGUUGGGGUGGGGGUGUCUCUGACUUGCUCAGGACAAACUAGGCCAGUGGUUUUCAAACUGCUUGGCAGAGCCCCGACGUUUCCUAGGGGUUGCCUCAGGAGUCCUUGGGGGAGAUGAAGGGGGGCACUGAGCAGGCUGGGCUACUUGCCCUCAAAUAGAACAGCUCCCCUUGUAGCUGUCUUACAUAUCGGGGUUCAGGGUAAGAUUUUAUUUGCAUUAAGGGGUUUGCUGCUGAAAAAAAGUUGGAAAACCACUGACUAGACCAUCAGCUUCAAAUUGGAGCCUGUGCUCCCCCAGGUCUGAGGCAAACUCUUCACCCUGCCCUCUCCCACAGGACACCUCGCCCUGUUAGCUCUUCUGGGGGCCUUUAGCAAAGAGGGGCAGUAGGGACCGUGGCCAGGUUACUGAAAAACCCUCUCUGAGGCCUUCGCAUCUGGGUGGGAGGAGAGGCUGUUUUCUGAAAGGGUAGAGGGCUUGGUCUGGAUUCCAGAAGCAUAGCUUGGAUGGGAUCACAGUGGGCAAUGUCGACCUGUCCUGCCCUUCUCAGCUUGAGGGGCAAUGGAAACCCCAGAGACUCUUCUGUCAGGGAAAACUAGAGACUCUCUUCUAGAGCCAUAUAGUUCCUUGGGAUUAGCUCUUGGCCAAGAAGGCUGAGUAUGGCUCCCAAUUUUUAAAUCCAUUUCAUUUUUUAAAAAAUAAGGGGAAUAAAUAUCUAAUUGCCAUUUUUCAGAGAUUAAAUAGGUGGAGAGGGUGUGUCUUGCUCUCCAGAGCCCAAAGGGACAAAUAGGGACUUUGCUUAGGCCAAGGAAGGCGCAGAAGUAGGGCAACUAGGUCCUGUGAUUAUUAAUCCCACUCCCCACUUCUCCUAGGGCAUACACUAUUUUACUUUUUUAAAUCAUAAAAUGGCGAGAGAACAGAUUGGUUAGUUUAGAAGAAAAGAAAAAGCUCUAUAAAUAUAAAUAUAUAUUCCUGUAUUUUUAUUUAAUAAUUUAUAAAUACCAAGUUCAUUUGACUUUUAUUUUUGUGUAAUAUGUAAUGGUCGUAUUAAAAAAAAAUAAAUAAAGCCCAGAAGUUUAAUGAGAAGGACUGAGCAGGGUUUGUGACUUCUACACUGUAUAGCUUGGGGUCAGGACAUUUCUUGAUCCAGUCAUCUCUUCAUGACCUUGUUAAGGGCAAGAAUUAGAGUAACAAGGAUUUGGGAAGGUGUUGAGAUUAAAAAAAAGAGAAAAGCAAUUCAGAGUUGUUCCCCCGUUCCCCCACCCUGGCCAAAUGCCCAAAGCCAAGAGCUCCAUCUAUGCCAACCCAAGCCUUAAGGGGGUGUGUGUAUACAGUACUUUGGGAUGGCCAUAAACAACCACAAACCAAAACAAAGAAAACUUACCAAAAAUCCCUGUGUGAUGGUAAUCAAGUUCCCAGUUGUGGUUCAGCCUCUCACCAGAAGUGUGUGAUAAUGAGCAUUUCUCCCCAAUUCCCGCUGCCUACUUCAGACUUAAAAUAAGUCUGGAAAAAAUGGAGCCCCUGCUUCCUUUCCUGCUCCCCUGAGACAUUUGGUUUCAGCCAUUUUCAUGCAAACUGCUAAAUUGGAUGGAAUCUACAGAAACUAUUCAGCCCAUCCCGCUGUACUUCUAGUCUAGGACCACAUCAAAGUCAUGCCUGACAGGAAUAGUGAUCCUAAUUUUAAAUUACAAGCAGUAAUAUCUAGUCUUUCUAUAAUCCAGUGCAAUAAAAUGGCAUUUGGGUUUAUGUGUUAAAUUGUAAUGAGAAAUGAUACUGCUUAGAGGAAUCCAGUGUUGAAUUUCCAUUCUUUCUCUAUGGAAAAAUCUACAGAACAAGCCAUAUUAAAAUCAGAGUGGCUUGGUGAACAGGGUGUUAGGGAAAAGGGAAUUAGUUGCUCCUAAUAGCAUCAGGCUACUACAGCUAGUGCAUUUAUCUCCACUGCAGUGUGAUUGGUUUAACGAUUGAUUGGUUUAUAUUUGCCUAGUUCCAGAAAGCAUAUGCAACAUCUUACCACAAUACACAAAGGAGGAACCAAUAGGAAAAUUUGUUCCUAUUUUUAAAGAUUUUUAAAGUAGGGGUAAAGGGUAAAUGGAAAUAUUACAAUAGAUGACACCAAAAGGAAAAUUAAGGCACGGAAAAGCAUUCUAUAAGCUGUAUUCCCAAAUACUAAAGCUAGGCUAUGAAUUCAGCGUUGAGCUUCCUGGCAGCUAAAGAAAUUGGAAAACACACUGAGAUUCACAUUGCUCUUAGGAUUUAUAAAAGCCUAUCAGUUCCUCAAGAUGGGCAAAAAGUUUUGUGGCUCUUCUGAGGUGAUAGGGUGGACACCACCCUCUAUAACACCUGACAGCAAAUAUGAUGUUGAAUUAUAUACUACUGUUGCUUAUACGAACACCAAAGGGAACAGACGGACACAAAUUUCUGCCCUCAUGUCACUUACAUUCUAGUAAGGGAAACGAAAACGAACGAACGAAAUAAAUACAUACAUUCAUUUCAUAACAUUCAUUAAUGUAGAAGGUGGUAAAUGCUAUGAAGAAAAGUAAUUCAUUAGGGCGAGACUGGGAAGGUGUAUGUAAAGAUUUCAGUAUCAGGAAGCCCUCAUUUCUAAGGUGACUUUUGAGUUGUCAUGAAAAAUGAAAUUGGAAAAAUAUUUUUAUUGAUAUGGAAAGAUGUUUCUGUAUCUUACAGAGUAAAAGAGAAAAUAAAUUAGAAGAUAAUAUAUACA